AUGUCCAACCCGGAGGACUACACUAUCGGUUGGAUCUGCGCCAUUACCGCCGAAUAUGUUGCCGCCCAAGCCUUCCUCGACGAAAAGCAUGACGGUCCUGCAUAUGUGUCACCGCACAACAAGAACGACUACACUUUGGGUAGAAUUUGGAAACAUAACGUGGUCAUCUCCGUCUUGCCUAUGGGAGAAUAUGGCACGUCCUCGGCAGCUCGGGUGGCAGAAAACAUGAUGCAUAGUUUUCCGAAUAUUCGCAUCGGCCUCAUGGUCGGUAUCGGCGGAGGAGUGCCCAGCCAAAAACACGAUAUCCGUCUUGGAGAUAUUGUGGUCAGCAUUCCUGGCAAUGGCCAGAGCGGUGUCCUUCAGUAUGACUUUGGCAAGACGAUACAGGGCCAAAGGUUCCAGACCACGGGCUUUCUAGACCAGCCACCUACCAUUCUACGCGCAGCAGUAAAUGGCCUCAAAGCGCAGUAUGAGGGCGAAGGCCAUCAACUCGACGAAGCGGUCAACCAGAUCCUUAGGAACAAGCCACGGCUGCGGAAAAAGUAUCAGCGCCCAGAUCUAAAUAGUGAUCGACUAUACCGAAGCCAGAUUGUCCAUCCCACAGACAGUGAGUUAUCUUGCGCUUUGAAUUGCGGUGACGAUCCAUCUUGCAUUAUUUCGCGAUCUCCACGCGCCGAAGAUGAUGACAAUCCUGCGAUUCAUUACGGCCUGAUUGCCUCAGCCAACCAGCUUAUGAAGGAUGCUUUGCUUCGAGACAGAUUGGCUGCGCAAGCAGAUGUUCUGUGUUUUGAAAUGGAAGCGGCUGGACUGAUGAACCACUUUCCUUGUCUUGUGAUCCGCGGCAUCUGCGACUAUGCCGACUCGCAUAAGAACAAAAACUGGCAGGGGUACGCGGCACUGGUUGCAGCAGCUUAUGCCAAAGAUCUUUUACAUCGGAUUGUGCCCCAGCAGGUGGAGAAGGUAGCGACGAUAGCGGAGAUGGUGAAGGAUGGAGAUCAGCAUAAUCAUAUCACAUUCGGAAAUCAAAAUUAUGGCUCUCAGGUUGGUGUGAAUAAUGGUUCAAUCAGCGGGACUUUUGGGACCAAGUGA